GACACAACACAGUCUCCCUUCAAAUUAACAUGUGAGUUGAGCUAACACGGCUUGAGUGUAGCAAAUUACGAGACAGUAUAAACAGAAUAAUUUGAUAUUGUACACAUACAUGUACACGUUGGUGUACAACUGACAUAGUGGAAAGUAUGUUAUUAUCGACAUUUAACUAACGCUUCCUAGCUAAACUUCUCUUUGGCUUACUUAUCAACUUAAACUCGAUAGCUUGUAGCUAACGGAAUUCAACAAAAGAUGUUCAUGAUAAAUCGUUUAUUUCAAAUUACGGGGGACAAAUCCUAAAUUUGCAUGGAGAGAUAGCAUUGCUCCCUGCCUUUGAAAUACCUACGUUAGUUUUUUUUUUUUCCAACCCUAAACUGUAAAAGUUAUCAAUGUUGGCCAAGAUGGAAGAAAAUGAGCCACGGAAAGAGGGAGGAAAGAAGAGAAAGCACCGGAAAGGAGAAGAAGGGGAUAGAAAGAGAAGAGGAGAUUGCGAUGGAGGUGGUGAUGGAGAUGCAAGGAAGCGGUUGGAUCCUCUUAGUGUGGGCUACUUUCGUAGAGUUGGAGAGAGGCUCACAGAAGGGUUCGCAGAGAACGAGGAAAAAGUAAUGUUUGUUGAGAACGUACUGACAGAGGUGAAAGGGAAAGCUGCUGUAGUUGCUAUGGAUGUGACGGGAAGUGUCACUCUCCAACGGCUUCUCCCAUUGGCCACUUCUCGCCAGGUAGGAGAGGUGCUGGCUGAACUGGGCGGAGAAUCCGGAUCAAAGUUCAAGACUGUGUCAUGUGACAAAUGUGGUGGUCACGUUGUGGAGAGUGCGCUCAGACAGAUGCCCAGGUGUACUGGUGAGUCUGACCUCAGCCCACCUCAGAAGGACCAGACAUCAACCACAGAGGAAGAAGAUGAGGGGGGUUGUGGGAUGCUGGAGGCACAGGUACUCUCUCUGAGUCGUAUGGUGACAGAGAACAGUGCAGAGUUCAUCAAAGACAUGUAUGGCUCACACGUUGCUCGCACACUCAUACAUGUGCUGGGAGGCUGCCUUGGUCCAGCCCGUACUGAAACCCGCCCAGGUGCGAAGGAAAGGAAUUCCGUUGUUCAACUGACAGACUUUGAGGCUCCCACUUCAUUUUGGUGGGAGUUGAAAAGCUUGUCGUCCUCAUUGAUGAGCAGUGUCAAAUUGAGUGUGACCGAUGCUGUGGCCAGUGCAGUGUUCCAGACCCUGUUGACUGUGUGCCACCGAAAACGUCCAAUACUUUGCAAGCAACUCCUGAAAGGCCUUAUGGGAUACUUGACGUCCCUAAGCUCCGCUCCUGGAGUUAGUCCUCUCUUGGUCUUUAUGAAGGACCACGCAUCUAGUCGCCUCCUUGAGACAGUCAUCCAGCUAUCCCACAAGACCCUGCUCCGUGAUCUCUACAAGAACCACUUCAAGGGGCAGCUGGUCACCCUAGCGAUACACCCAAUCGCCAACUUCCCUAUACAGAGAUUCACUGCGGCCUCAACAAAAUACAAAAUGUUCCUGAAGGUGUUUGAUGAGCUCAUGGAGGGUAUGGAGGCAGUCCUGGCCGCAGGUCACAUGGGGGUUAUAGUGCAGCUGACUGAGAGCUGUGUAGAGAGAGAGGAGAAACAGGCGCAGAUGAUGCGCUGCCUGCUCACAGCCUUCCACUGUACAGAACCUGCUUCCAGACAAACUAGCUGCCUCCCCCUCUUCAUGUCUCUGCUGACCUACGAGGUGUACUACCACUCUGAGACAGCAGAGGGCGAGAUAGACACAGAGCGCCCUUUAUCGUCUAUAUGCUACCAUGGCUCCCUUCUCGUCCAGUCUCUGGCUAAAUUCAAAGACCGCUCCUUGCUCCUCGGCAGUUUGCGGUCCCUGACCCCGGCUGACCUCCUGAUUCUUGGAACCCACCAGUUUGGCAGCCAUGUCCUCCAGGUCCUCAUAACCACGUCUAGUGAUAAGGGGAGGGGAAAGAUACUGAGGAGAUUGGAGGGCCAGUUUGUGCAGAUGGCUUGCUCCAGGUUAGGCAGCAGGGUGCUAGAAGCUGUAUGGAACAGCUCCAGUGUCAGUCAGAGGCAGAGCAUCGCACAGGAACUAGUACCCUCUGAGACAAGGCUAAGGUCUGACCAGUUUGCAAGACAUGUUUGGGCCAAGUUUUCCCUGACAUCCUUUGUUAGGAGGCACAAGCAGUGGCAGGAAGGACAAACUGGCGAAUCAAAGAAGAGGAAACUUUUUAGCGACAUUCUGGAUUGAUGCAGUUGCUUUUAAGGGACCAAAUGACAAAAUACAAUGUGACUGUAAGAUUAACAGGGCUGAUAUCUCACAUCAUAAAAAGUUCCACAAUGGCAUUUUAUUUCAAUUUGAAUUUAGUGCGACUGACACAAAAUACUGUUUGUGUAAAAAACAUGAAUCCCCUGGGGGAAAUUUGUAAAUGCAUACCACAAGAUGGCAGUGUAAUGACAAAGAAUAAAACAAUGACGUCUUCUCAAUUUA